GGCUAGACCUCCGCUGCUGCUCCGCCGCCCUUUACGCAUCGGCCUUUUCUAUAGAUGCCGAAAGAACGAUUUAGCUCGUUCAUGCCCGGCAGCCAAAAGACGGGGAGCUGGAAGAAUGCGCUGAGACCGGGUGGAGGGACCGCAACCAAAAUGUGAAAAACCAAAAUGGCACAGGAGAUAUUGGUGAGAAGAACGAUGGAGGAGCGUUGACAGGGAGCAAGGAUGCAUCCUGUGCAAAAGUCCGUGUGUGCGCUGAUGGUGCUGACAGCAUCCCUGGCUGUUCUGUACCUUCAUGUAUGGUCGCCAAAGCCUUACAGUGCAGUGGACCUACGACACCGGCCUGACCAGAUGCCCGGGCUCUUGUGGCACAAUCACCUGCUGGUGCCCGACAAGAAAUACGCGCACAUUGCUUUCCGGGCCAAGGAGGAGAUUCUGGGGCUUCUUCCUAAGAAUUCCUGUAAAUGCGAGGUGGAAGCAAGUUUGAAUCUGCCCUUUCAGAAACAGCUCUUUGGUCAGGUUUACUCUAUUGAAUUUGCCAGUGCCUUCAAGCCUUCUGACUUGGCUGACAUCAACAACAGACGAGAACAGGAAUACCACAGUUAUCGGCAAAGGUCUCAGUCCCCGGUUGACCAGCUGCUCAUAGUCCGAGCCAACUCACCACUAGAAUAUCCAGUUCAAGGUGUAGAAGUUCGCCCCCUCCAGACCAUUCUUAUCCCAGGCUUGAGCUUACAGGCGGCUGAAAGAACAUCAUACCGGGUCAACUUGACAGCAACAAUGGGAACUUUUGACGUGGCUGCAGAGGUGGAAGGCGUCAGAAUAGAAGGGGAGGGAGGGAUGCACCUCUCCCUGUCGGGGUCCCAGCUGGACAAUCUAAACCGGCAAAUGCAGUUUGUCACCUACACCAGCACCCUCUUCCAUCCUAAUACAGCAGAUACAGUGCAGUUUUCUACUGAUGAGCAUCGUGCAUCUUUCACCAUCCGCAUCCGUCAUGCACCUACUCCCAGGCUCCACUAUCCAGGAUCAUCCAGCGGAGGAACCGGUGAAGCAGCCUACAACAUCAGUGCCCUGGUCACCAUCGCCACCAAAACCUUCUUACGCUACGACAAACUGCAAGGGUUGAUUGACAGCAUCCGCAAGUUCUACCCCACUGUGACCAUCAUCAUUGCGGACGAUAGCCUGGACAUCAAACACGUGCAGGGACCCCACAUUGAGCAGUACUUCAUGCCCUUUGGCAAGGGCUGGUUUGCUGGCAGGAAUCUUGCCAUCUCCCAGGUGACCACCAAAUAUGUUCUGUGGGUGGAUGAUGACUUCAUUUUCACACUCCGCACCAAAGUGGAGAAGCUUGUAGAUGUCCUUGAGAAAACUUCUCUGGAUUUGGUGGGUGGAGCAGUACGGGAGAUUACAGGCUACACCACCACAUACCGUCAGCAGAUCAGUGUGCAGUCAGGUGAUGAGGAUGGAGAUUGCCUGCGAACCCGUCAGGGCUAUCACCAUGUCAUCGAAGGUUUCCCUGAUUGCGUAGUCACUGAUGGUGUGAUCAACUUCUUCUUGGCACGUACAGAGAAGGUGCUGCAAGUUGGCUUUGACCCUCGCCUCAGUCGCGUUGCCCACCUUGAGUUCUUCAUUGAUGGCCUGGGUAUUCUGCAUGUUGGUUCCUGCUCUGAUGUGGUGGUAGACCAUGCCUCUAAGAUCAAGCUACCGUGGCUAAAGUCAGAAAGUGAGAAGCAAUAUGCCAAAUUCCGCUAUCCCAACUCAAGUGAGGAUAGUAUGACUACCAAGCGAAGCCUUUUCUACUUCAAGAACCACUUCAAAUGUAUGACGGGCAAUUAGUCUUUACUGAGGGGGUGUUGAGCCCCACCCCUGACAACUGGCUAAGUCCUCAGGUGAUUGGACCCACCAGUCUCAGACAGCCUGCUCUGGCAGCUAGCCACAGCUCUUGGCAAACAGGCUUGCCUGUCCACUAGCCAAAUGCCCAGAACUCAGGGAGGCUUUGACAUUCUCAGGCCUGGAGAACGACUUGAGAAAUGAGCUUCAUGCUGCUUAAAAGAAACAAACCUGUGUUCUAACAGAAUUAAUUGGCCAAGCUACUUCAUCUUCCAGACCCUGUUGACAAAAGGAGUAUGUCUGCUUUGCAUUUUGUUUUACCUAUUUUGCAUCUGAACUGAACCAUAUUUCAUGGGGAGUGAUCUGGGAGAGGCUGCCUCAUGAAGCCUGGGUAUUUUUCCCUUUCCUGGUUGAGAGCAUCCUUCUGCCUCUCUUACUGCUAGACUCCCCCUCCAACUUUGGACUUGCACACACCUACAGGUCACGUCAAAAACUCGCAAACUCUGGCAAUAUCCCAGCAUCCUUUGCUUCCAUUUAAUACACACUACAGAAGGGGACAGAAUCAGAGGUGGACAAAACCUGAACUCAGGGGCUUUCUCCAACGUCACAAUUUUUGUGCCAAGGCUUUGAAUCUGAGCCUCUGUGCCCAGCCCCCUCCAACCUCAAGCUGAUGCCAUUCUGGGAUAUUUUGAAGUGCCAAAGGCUAAUGAUGGAAAGCCACCACCAGGGGGAAGCCUUGAGGUGUGCGCUGCAGCAAAGCAGUCUU